CAUAUCUGAUACAUCACGACAAAAAUCUCUAAAAUCUCCAUCCAUGCAAAAUGAGAAUGCAACACCCGGUAGCUUACCACAGCGGGGCUGACCACCUUCCACUAAGCGCAAAGUGUCAGCCUCGACUCAUCCACAUGUCACCAUUGAGCUGCUCUCACCGUCCAAGAGGGUCAGAGUGAAUGACCACUGAUCAUUGGAUCCAACAAUGCCCUCGAUGAAUUCUGGAACUUUCGGACUUGGCUUUGGAACUCAACAGUCACCACCCCCAGCAGCGUUCCCUACCCAAACCUCGGGCUCCUACACAUGGUACCCUAAGUCUCCUUGGUCUAUGAUGUUGCCCAGUUCAGCUUCAGCACCUAACCUCAUGUCCGACUAUGGUGAUCGGCCUAUAACUAUGUGUGAGGUCUGUGGAAGCUCGAGGGUCAGUCGCUCAACCCGAGCCGAACAACAUAGAAAGCAGCACCUAGCCAGAAAAGUGGAGGUUGUCUUUGAAGUCUUGCGUGCUCAGCAGCUCACAAUUGGGGACUUCUUGAUGAACAUCGUGGACCAGGAUGAGCUGCUCAAGAAGGACAUGAGCCCUUCCACAAGGACCGAGAUAAUGUGCUUCUGUCAGGGCACACCCGCCUGA